AAUUAAUUAACGGAAAAUGCUGCAGAGCCUUUCAGGAAAGAGCGGCAAUGGAGGGAGCUGUGGCCUCUGCUGCCACUAUCCAUCGCUCUCCGGCCCUUCACUCGCUCUUCUCCGGCGCAUCUCUCUCACCUCCGCCGAGAAGACGCCGCUGCUUCAGUCCCGGCGCCACCGUCACUGGCAGCCUGAGCUCCGAGCUCAAGGAGAUCAGGGUCUGCACCAACCGCACUUGCCGCAAACAAGGCUCCCUCCAGACCCUCGAGACUCUCUCCGGCCUCGCCCCGGCGGACGUCACAGUGAAGACAUGCGGCUGCCUCGGCCGCUGCGGCUCGGGCCCCAACCUCGCCCUUCUGCCGGAAGGCGUCAUCGUUAGCCACAUCGGGACCGCUGCUCGCGCCUCUCGGAUCCUCUGCGACACCGAUGACCUGCUGUUAAGGAGCCUAGAGGCCCUCGCGCUGAAGAAGAGAGCCGAUAGUGAGCUCGACCGCCGAAAUUUCUCCGAUGCCGAGGCCUUGCUCACGCAGGCGAUAAAUUCGAAACCAGUUGGUGGUAUCCAUGUUAUGUACAAAGACAGAUCAGUUGCAAGGCUGGGAAUGACCGACUACGACGGUGCUCUUGAAGAUGCUAGAGAAGCUACAAAUUUAGCUCCUAACUACACCGAGGGCUAUAUUUGUGAGGGUGAUGCUUUCCUGGCGAUGGAACAAUUUGACAAAGCAGAGAAGUCAUAUUCCAUUUGUCUAGAGAUAGAUCCUACCAUACGCCGAACUAUAUCGUUCAAGGCUAGAACCGAGAAGCUCCGGGAGAAACUAACUGCUGCAAAUUUGGCAUAAGCAUUUGGACUAGAUGGACAGGCUUGUGCAGGUUAUCCUCAAAGCUCCUACUUAAAUCCGGUUCGUCUUACAUGAAAGGCAAACCCUUGUACUAGAUCAUGGAGAAGUCAGUCAAGGGAGUUUCGGACUUUGCCUUGCUUCAGUGGCUUCGCGAAGAUGAAUAACAUUAUCGAAGUGCUCAAAUAAUUGAGUUGUAUAUAGUUUAUGUACCCGAUCUUAGGUCCAUAUGAUCAGCUUGUGCCACAAAUGGUCAAUCCAUACAAAAUGUAGCAACUGGAUGCUUACUAUAUAGAGAUCAUCCUGCCGAUGAGAUGACGGUAAGUUCACAGAGUG